AUGUUGGACAGACAUCCACCGAGUCGGACGCUGUGGGUCAGGGGCUUUCCGGAGAACAUGCCUCAGCCGCAGCUGGAGGCGUACAUGGCCUCGCAGGGAGCGGUGGCCACCCGGGUCAUGCGGCGCAAGGGCCCGCUCAAACACACCGCCUUUGUCGACUUUGCUUCGGUGGCUGACGCAGAGCUCGCUGCUGCUCGCAUGCAUGGGGCUCUGGUCAUUGGCUCUCCGCUUGCUGUUGAGUUUGCCAAGCCAAAGACAGCGGCGGGCAAGGCGGCGGGCAAGGCGGCGGGCAAGGCGGCGAGCAAGGCGGCGAGCAAGGAGGCGGGCAAGGCAAAGGCCAGAGAGUCGACGGGUACAGAGAGCGGCCAGACUGCAGUCUCUCGCCCGCUGCACAUCACUGCUGACGAUGUAGCUGCGGGCGAGGGACAGCCCAUUGCGGGAUACGCACCAUAUCCGGUCCCUCCGCUCAACAAGGCCAUCCAGCGGUCGAUCAACCGCUGGCUGGUUGAGAGCCCUGUCUUCUAUGCCCAAGUCGUCCACCUCCUCAACACCAUGGGCUUGCCGUACGACACGACACCAACUGCCGCCGAAAUGCGCACCAUCACCAAGCCGGCAGCAUAG